AUGAAGUUCCAUGUAUUAGCUUUGACCGCCACCGCCCUCAUUGGCCUUUCCACAGCGGUUGCAACCCACACUAACACCGACCCUCGCCGAGAUUACCAUCAAGCUGCGUCUUUGGAAGCUCGAGCCAAUUAUCUUAGAGUCCGUCAAGCUGUGGAAGAUUCCGCCAAUAAUGCCACAACUGUAGAUCCUUCCACUGUAGAAGACUGUGAGGAAGACGAUGACGAAGACACCUCCGACCUCGAUACUACAAAUCUCUCUGCUGUCAACAUUACUUCCUCCAUCAUUCCCCAACCCAAUCAGACUGCUAUUGCAACGUCAACUGAAGGUGAGGAUGAUGAUGAUGAUGAGGAUGAUGAGGAUGAAGAUGACUUGGAAUAUUGCGAUGACGAAGAAGAAGACGAUGUUUCCAGUGAUACAACAUCCACUGUCUCUCAAACUGCUGCUCCCACAAACACCGCUUCCCCUGCAGUUACCGCUUCCGCAAUCGGCCAAGUACAAGCCGCUGCUGUCUCUGCUCAAUCCUCCAGCGUCGAUGACAGUUGCGGUGGUAUGACCACGAUUUAUGUCACUGUCACUGCUGGCAAAGCUUCUACUCCUGUGGCUUCAGGGGGAUCCAGCGCCCCCGCUGUGACCAACGUCGCUGCUGUUGCUACACCCACUACGUCUCCAGUUUCCACUUCUACAAUUGUUGGUGACGCUACUGGUAGCGCUGCCGAUGAAGAUGUAGAGGAAGACAACGAUGAUGAUUCGGACGACUGCGAAGACGAUGUCGAAGAUGUGGAAGACGCAGAUUCGGCUACCUCUACUGCUGCCGCUGCGGUGGCUACCGAGACCGCCAGCCUCGACGAUGGAGAUUGCGAGGAAGAUGUGGAUGACCAAGCAGUCUCUUCAGCCAAUUGCACUUCUUUACAAAGCACCUCUGCUACUGCUACCGCCGUCAAUACGACUGCCACCGACACCGUUAUCGCAUCCUCCAUUUUUGCCAAUGUCACUUCCAGCUCUGAUUUUGCGACUCCUUCCGCGACCAGUACCGUCUCAUACACUGCAACCUCAUCUGAACUUACAGAAACUGCUUCUGUUACCGAAUCUUUGUCUGCAGAGUCUGCGUCAGCAUCAACCACCGAGUUGGCGGCUGUGACAGACUCCACCGCUAGUGGAUCCACUACUUCUGAUGAUCAAGGAGUUACCAUCACUGCUGAAGAUGCAGCAGCCACAACAGAAGCUGCUCUUGUGGGCAAGAGACGUAUUACGUUGUGGGCUUAA